CAUUCGCCCGUCUCUGGCUUUGAGUGAAAAUCAUGGCCGCCGCGAUGCAGACGGAGGAUUUUCCUUACCUGCCUUCGGGGCCGGCGGAGGUAAAUAAGCUGAUAAAGGAGCACGGCGACCUGUUUUCUGACUCCCAGUGUAAAGUCUGCAGUGCUGUCCUCAUUUCGGAGUCUCAGAAGUUAACUCAUUAUCAGAGCAAGAAACAUGCCAACAAAGUGCGGCGUUAUCUCUCCAUCCAAACCGAGAAGGAGCCAGCGCUGAAGAAGUUCAGGUCGUCAUCCGACAGUGUGAGUAAAACAGCGAGCAGGUGGACCUCCCGGGGAGUUUUAAGUCCAACCCUGAAUGCUGCCACUGCUUUUUGUACCACAUUUUCCCUGCACUGUAACUCUUCUCCAGCUGUAGCCUCCCAAACGCCACCAACAGUCCAGCCGAAGAAGAAGCCAGCAGACGAUGUGAGCGGCGUGCCGGCGCCGGGCGGCAACAACAACAGCAACCCGGACCGGUUCUGCUCCAUCUGCCAGGCCUCCUUCAACAACCCGCUCAUGGCCCAGCAGCACUACGUGGGCAAGAAGCACAGAAAGCAGAUGACCAAGCUGAAACUGAUGGAGACGUACGGCCCCUCCACUGCACCGGCUUCCACGCUAAAGGGCUACCCGUGCACCGUCUGCAGCAUUGAACUGAACUCGGUCGAGCAGUACCAGUCUCACAUCAGCGGUGCCAAACAUAAGAACCAAGUGAAGAAAUCGGGCCUGACCCCUGCAGAGAACCAAGACGCAGCAGCAGAGCAGUCGUACGAGGGGGACAACCAGUACGCCGGCGGACGUGAGCCGUUCCCUGCAGCAGACGAGCAGUACCGCCCCGUGGAAGAGCAGUACGCAGCCCGAGAUAACCAGUACGCCCCCGAGGACACAGAGUACACAGAGGAGUACCAGUUCACUUGAGGGCUGGGCUGGUACGGACUGCAGAGGUUUCAGUCGGGACUUGGAAUGACACGCAACAAACCCCACCCCCCUUUUUUUAACAUGUUAACAUCAGCCUCCACUUCUCAGUAGCCCCCCCCCCGACCUUGGAAUACCCCCAACGUGGUAUUUUAGCAUUUUUGGGUUCCCAACUGAAACGGUUAAAGUUUCCUCCUUCGAUGAAACCAGCUGUUUGAGAUGCGUGGACAGGUGAAAGGAUGGAAAGCAGUUCUGACCUUUUUUAUUAGUGACCACGGGCUCAGUCAUUCAGAUAAAGAACGACCUCUACUUCCGUUAUAGCGCACUGACCAGGAACCAUUCUCCAUGUCCAGCGUGCAUCAGGACUGGGUACGUGUGUACACGUGAAAGCUGUCUAUACUCAGAAGUACCUCACUUAUAGGUAAGAUGUAGGAUAGGCAUAGCGGUAGGAAUAGGAACGUGAUUUUCUACAACUUUAUUCAUGUAACAAAAGAUUUCAAGUGUUAAAUGUCUAGAAAAAUGGGUAAAAAAAAUUGAUUUAAAUUGGUAAAUCUAAAUAAAUAAAACCACAAAUCUGACA